UGGGGAUUCAAUUUGUGAGAACUAGCUAGCUAUUAAGAUAUGCAUAGUUGUAGUUGAGUGAAGUUCCUUUGAUUCCUAAUCCUAUAUAUACUCCAACCCAUACAUUAAUACAGAGAGAGAGAGAGAGAGCAAACAAGAACUCCAACGCACCAUCUUAAUUAAGGCAGUAUUCUAUAGCCUCAGGGAAACUCAAGAUGAGCAACAACUUCCGGUUUCUCGAUCCCCUCAUCUCCAUCGACGUGGCAUCACAACUGCCCAUCAAGCUGACGGGAGCAGCCAAUUACUCUUCCUGGCGGCGGCAGUUCCACAGCCUUCUGGCCGGUUAUGGGCUGCAAGGUUACCUCGACGGAACCAUCACUCCUCCUCCAACCUCAACCUUGGUCGGCGGCGGCACCACCCUUGCCAGCCGACACUGGACGCAGCAAGAUCAACGGAUCUUCCACGCCAUCAUGGCGUCCGUCGACGAAGAAACCAUCGCCCCAUUCAUCGUGUCUUGUCCCACAGCUCGAGACGCCUGGCUCGGCUUAGAGCGACUCUUCGUCAGCAGGUCGCGGUCCCAGCGUCUCAACCAUGUCAAGAACCAGUCGGUCUCCGUUUUCUUAACUUCGUUGAAGCGGUUCGCCAACGAUCUCGCCCUCGCGGGCCACCAUGUGGACGAUGCUGACCUCGUCCUCCACGCCCUAAACGGUGUUGGUCCGGAGUUCGAGGAGAUCGUGGCGGCGAUUUAUGAGAGAGGUGACCCGAUUUCGUUUGAAGAAUUGUUUUACGAGCUUGUUAAAUUCGAGGGAAAAGAGGACGACCCGACUACUCGCGUUGUUUGUCAGUAUUGUGACGAGCCAGGUCACGCUGCCAAGACCUGUCCUCGUAUUACUACUACAACUAUUUCUUCUUCUUCUUCUUCUUGCUGGCUGGCUGAUUCUGCUACCACUCAGCAUAUUACCAAUGCUCUCGGGAAUUUAUCCUUUUCUCAGUUCUUGAAUGGCCCUAACUCCUUAAUCAACGGUGAUGCUUCAGAAAUCAAUUUCACGAAAGGAGCUGUGACAGUGAUUGUAUUGCUGCUUCAACCGAUUGUCCUCCUAUACAAGCUGUUGUUUGGAAGGAAUAUUUUCAAUGCCGCUCAGCAAUCCGAUGCCAUCAAUCCCUUUGCUUCUGUUCCUCGUGCCGUUUCAGAUGCUAAAGAUCAUCAAAAUUCAGCCCCAAACAAUAAGCUCCCCCAACAAUCAAAUGAUGGCACCUCUGCUUCGACGGUCGAAAAUCCUCGUUCAGCGUCGUCCCUUCCCACGGGGGAGCACGAGGUGUUUUUGAGUUUCAGAGGUCCGGACACUCGUCAGGUGUUCACCAAUACCCUCUUCAUUUUGCUUCGACGUUUAAGCAUACGUACGUUCAUGGACGACGAGAAACUCGAGAAGGGAGACGAAAUAUGGCCAAGCCUAGCUACUGCUAUAAGACAGUCCAAAAUUCACGUCGCAAUACUAUCGGAGAAUUAUGCUUAUAGCAAAUGGUGUCUCAGGGAACUCGUCAAGUUCGUAGAAUGUCGAAAGCAAGACAAAAGACAUAUCAUACUUCCCAUUUUUUAUAUGGUUGAUCCCGGUGAUGUGCGACACCAAACGGGACCGUAUCAAAGCGCAUUUCAGCAACACGAGAAGAAGUUCGACUCGAAAACCGUACAAGAUUGGAGGGAUGCUUUGAACGAGGUUGGAACUAUAAAAGGAUGGACCGUUGGGAGCAAAGACAAGCCAGGAGAAAUUGCAGAUCGUGUUUGCAAUGAAAUAUGGUUGCAUAUAAGGCAAAAUGAUAAGUUUUUGGACAGAGACCGGCUGGUUGGUAUCGAUGACCAUAUAAGAGCAGUAACAGAUGAGUUGAGUUUAGACUCUGAAGGAGUAACAAUGGUUGGCCUUCACGGCCUUGGUGGUAUAGGAAAAACCACUAUUGCAAGAGCCGUUUACAAUCAGAUCUCUACUUCGUUCGAUCGAUGUAGUUUCUUGGAAAACAUACGAGAAAUGCAGGAGCAAAAGAACGGUACGAUAGAUUUGCAGCAUAAGCUCAUAUCUAACAUCAUGAGAAAGGAUUCUCUUGGAUCCAUUGAUAAUGAUGUUGAAGGGAAAAACCUGAUAAAAGACAGAGUAUCAAUGUUCAAAGUUCUUAUCAUUCUUGAUGAUGUUGAUGAGAAGUUUAAAUUCGAAGAUGUUUUAGGAAACCCCGGACAAUUUGCUUCUGGAACUAGAUUCAUCAUUACUUCCAGAAACGAGAAAGUCUUGCGCACUGUCGGUGAAAAUCAAUGCAAACUCUAUGAAGUUGGUCAAAUGAGUCCACGGAUCUCGCUUGAACUCUUCUGCAAGCAUGCCUUCAAAAAGACUCGUCCGCCACCAGGCUACGAAACUCUAUCACAAGAUAUUAUAUCAAUUGCGGGAGGACUUCCAUUAUUUCUCGAGGUUGUGGGCUCACUUUUAUAUGGAGAAGAAAAACCAAUAUGGGAGGAAAAGUUGGUACAGUUACGAAAGGUUUCUCUGAAAGGGGUCGCAGAAAGGUUAAAGAUAAGCUAUGAUGUAUUGGAAGCCGAGACCCAACAAAUUUUCCUGGAUAUUGCUUGCUUCUGCAUUGGCAUGGAAAAAGAGAUAGCUAUUUACAUGUGGAGUGAUCUUAAGUACUUAUCCUUAUUGAGUAGGAUUAAUAGUCUGAUUCAGAGGUCCAUGAUCAAAAUUGGAUAUGAUAAUAAGUUUCAAAUGCAUGAUCAAAUGAGAGAUAUGGGGAGAGAAAUUGUUCGUGAAGAAAAUAUUGAACAACCAUGGAAGAGGAGUAGGAUAUGGGAUCCAGAAGAGGCUCUUGACCUAUUACAGAACAAACGGGGAUCAAAGCAAGUGAAAGCGCUUUGUGCAAAUUUUACAUGGAUUCCAGAUCUGGGUCUCAAACCACUUAAGCGCCAGCAUUUUUUGAAAUUACCCGAGCUAAGGUAUCUUGAAGCCUUAGGUGCAAGGUUCAACGGCGACUUCGGUAAUAUUUUUCCAAAUUUAAGAUGGCUUCGCUCUAAAGCGCACAGAGGGAUGAUCAUCAUCCGACUAAUUUUCAUUUGA